AUGAAGCGUUCACUCACGUAACCUAAUUAAUAUUUAGCCAUCGCGCGCCCACUUACCACUUAUUUUCAGCAAAUCAGUUAAGCAUGCUGGGCGAAAGUCACUUAAUAUUCAUAAGCCAAGCAUUCCCCAUAGUAGCUUUAGUAAAUUCGCUAACGGGAUAUGGGAUUAGCUCAGAACCGCAGGCUUCUCCUCCGCACUUGUUUGCCUCAGCCUCCGCCCCAUCGAGAUCCGAACCAGAGCUUCUCAUCGACGCACAACAUUGAUGACAACAAGGGAAUAUUUGAGCAGCGUUUAACAUAACGUCUUUAAGCGUAUCCCAAGGCUAUUAGAUUUACCAUUAACAUAAAAAAAAUUAAAAUUAAAUAAAAAUGUUCCGAAUGAGGCAGCCGUUUGAGAGCGAGAAGCUCCAACUCCAGGAGCUCAACCAAAAACUCAGCCAGUACCUAAUGCGCGCGAAGCAGUUGGAGCAAGAAAAUACCUGCUUGGUAAGCGAAAUAAAUUCAAUCAGACAGAAAAGGUCUGGAGAAUGGGAAAACAAACACAUGUCAGAGUUACGGGAGAUGCGAAGACUGGCGGAGCGCUUGUCUUUCGAGAAAUGCAGAGCAGAGAUGGAGCGCGAGAAGCUGCGCAAUGAACUUCAGAUGCUUCACGCGAUGCGUUCAGAUGAGGCUUCGGUGAGCAAAGGCAUCGACAGCGAGCUUAAAGGUUGCGAGAGGCAGCUCCAUCAUGAUCUUCAGACCAACACUGCGCUGGAAGAUCGUCUCAUUCAGCUCGAAAACGAAUACAAGUUUUUGGAAGAUGCCCACAGAAUAGAAAUCGCCCACCUGAGGGACCAGGUGCACUCUCGAACUGUACGUGUUGUCACUCAAACGCAUCACGCGCCUACAACUGUAACGAUGGAAGAGGUGCAGGAGUAUGCGGCCAACUUUACAGAGAGCUGGAAAGAUACAUUGGACAUGUAUCGCCUGAAGGUAGAGGAAAUCGAAGAGUCUAUCAAAGCCGACCAGGCGAGGCUGGAAGAUAUUCAGAGGGAAAAGAAGGAAUACGCUUUACAAUUCAAAAGGCUGCGUGAAGAAAUUGAGCAACAAACUCAUGUGCAGCUGAACCUUGAAGAGCAGCUCAUGAACAUGCAGGAAAAUUUCAGAGCUGAAAUCAAUCAGUAUCAGGUUAUUAUUGAAGAUCUGGAGUAUGAGCGCAGGUUGCUGUCCAACACCAUCUCAGAGAAGCUGAAGGACCAUCAGGAUCUCGUACAGGUUAAAAUGGGUCUUGCUCUGGAAGUGGCUGCAUACAGGGCACUCUUGGAAGAAGAAGGAAGACAUGCUCAAAUGUGGUCUAAUCAGCAGUCAAGAGAACGAAUAAUAGAUAUAAAAAUGCCAGCCCACCCUUUCACCCCAAGACUCUCUAGCAUUCCGGGAAGUCAACCAGAUACGAGAAAACACUUCACAGGAUAUGAUGUUAAAUAUAUGGAGCCUAUUUCCAGCAUGAGAACUUCAGAUGUAUCAAGUCAGUUUUAUUCUCAUGGACCCUCUAGGUUAGUGCCCAUCAGUGUAUCAAAUCGUGCCCAGCAAAGUCCUGCUUCGAGAAGGGACAUGAUUUCCUUCACCAAAGCAGUGCAGGCAGCUGCUGCCAGUUCCCCAAAAGAGGUUUCGAAGCAUCUCCCGCCCAAAAUUGAAAGUACAUCAACCUCUAAAAUCUCACAAAUAGCACAACCAAAGCCAGUGAAAGUGUUAUCACCUAUAGGCUUGAGCAAGGCCACCACUGAAGAAAGUCACCAGAAAGAUGUUGAAAUGAAAGAAAAGAGAAUGGAUGGCAAGUUAACAGUGAAAGAAGAAAGACAAUACGUUAAAGUAAAAGAAUCAAAAGCUAAAGAUGAAAGAGAGUUUGAAAGCCACCAGAAAGAUGCUGAAAAAAGAAUGAAUGCCAAACAAGAUACAGACAGAGUCAAGGCAACAGCGAAAUAUGAAACACAACAUGUCAAAAUAAAAGAAGAAAGGAAACCUAUUGAUGAGAGAGAGUCUAAGGUAUUUGUAGGUGAGGAAAAAGUCUUAGAUGCCGUUUCUAUGGAAGAAAUAAUGCAGCAGGUCAUGAAACCUGCUGGUUUGGAUACUAAGGUCAGCUCAUCCCCUGACUCAAAAGUCACAUAUCAUGUGGAGAAAACAAAGCAAGACGAUGGAACCACCAAGACUCAGAUUGUCUUACAAACUAAAGUGGAGGAAGAGCUAGACCUGUCUGAAGAUUCUGGCCUGGAGGAAUUUCUCAGCAAGGGAGUCAAGAAAGUCACCCUAGAGAACAUCAAAGGAACCCCAACAGGAAACAUGAUCGAGAACCUGUUGAGUCUUGGCUUGCAAGGUGAGAGCUUGGGAAACAGGUCGGUGAAUGUGGAGAUAAUAGAGGAACCUGUGGAGUCUCAAAGUGAUGAGGAAGAUGAAACUGAAAUAAAGGAGACAGUGGAGAUUAAGUCCCAACAACCAAACAUCAAACCCUCAUCAAUGUUCUUCCAAAUCGAGGAGCUAGAAAGCGAACCUAAGACCACAAAACCCUGUGAGGGCAGUUCUAAGACAGUCGAAGGGAUCAGAGAUGAAAGUUUACCCUAUUUCUCCCAUGGCCAAGAGCCACAAGAAUACUUUGUCUCCACUCCUGAGGACAAUAUGUCAGAGGAGGGUGAAAGGUUUAUGUCUUUUACCCAUUAUGGAGUUGUGGAUGAUCUGUCUGAUGAAAGAUAUUACCAGGAGGACGAGCCCAAAAGGUCGACUGCUGAAGGUCACAGUUACAGAGAUUCACCUGAAUAUGGUGACCACUCAUUUGUGAGAGACAGUAUCCAAGAAUGCAUAAUUGAAGAGGAGGUUCUCGUCUCUCCAACGCUGCAAAAGUCCAUAGUGGGAAUGCUGACAGGGGAGUCACUAGACCCCAAACAGCAGCUGAGAGGAGCACUAGAGCAAAUCCAAGGUAACAUCUCUGGGGCCCUGAAGGAAGAACUUGCAUUUUUAACUAAAGGUGGGGAGACCCCAGACAAUGUCUCAGUGGACAUCAAGAAAGUAGAACAAGCCACAGAUAAUGGAACCAUGACCAUCGUGGCAGAGCUUAAUGUAUCCCAGACUUUGGAGGAUUCUGGACUGCUGGAGGAGGAACAGGAUGAUCCAUCGGAAGAGCAGAUAAUGGCAGCGUUGAGCUCAUCUCACCCUGGACUCCAGCAGGCCCUCAGAGGUGGAGCUGGAAUUGGAUACACUAUGAAAGUUUCCCAAGAGGAGUUUCAAACAGAGGGAAUUCCGUGGAUGACCAGCAAUGAAGAGAUUGGACACUGGAGUUCUGAUGAGGUCAGCAAGACGGAGAAACAUAUCAAGCUGGGUCCUAGUGAGAGAUCCUUCACAUUUCAAAUGGAUGUGAACAACAGCUCUUCUGCAUCAACCAGUGGAGGAACCGGUGAAGCUGAAGAACGAAGAGGAAGCGGAGCUACUGAGUUUUUGCAGACCCAGAUGAUCGACCCUCACAUGAAGGUCUGUCACGAGAAGAGAAUCGCAACUGUUUAUCUUGAAAGCCCCAAAGACGACUGAGACUAAAAUGAAAUUGCCCUCCAAAUGAAUCAUUAUAUCUUGAAAUAAUUAUGUUUACAUAAUUCAUUAUGAAUUUGGAUAAAAGCAAUCAGGUGUUGUAAACCGGAAUAAAAAAUCCAUGAUCCAUGACUGAUUUCCUGUUAUAUCUGUCAAGUAAAAUGGAAAGUUCACCCAAAAAUGAAAACUCUGUCAUCAUUUACUCUUGUGUUGUUCCAAACCUGCAUGACUGUUUUCCAUGGAGCACAAAACAAUGUUAGGCAGAAUAAUAUCCUCAGUCAUCAUUCGCUUUCAUUGCAUCUUUUUUCCAUACCAUGAAAGUGAAUGGUGACUAAGGCUAACAUUCUGCCUAACAUCUCCUUUUGUGUUCCACAGAAGAAAUUAAGUAAUAUGGGAUUAAAACCACAUCGGUGUGAGUAAAGUUUGACAGAAUUUUCAUUUUUGGGUGAACAAUCCCUUUAUUCACUGUUUUGGUUUGAUCUUGAGUAUAUAUUUUGUAUUAUCUACCUGGACAUCUUAUUUAGUUUUUAUUAUAUAGUUUUGCUUUAAGUAUAGAAAAAGUUAGAUAACAGUUUUUCUUUCCAUGUCAUUUCUUUUUUAUUUCUUUAUCCUCUUGUAAAAAUGUACAUUGUAUGCUAUAUAAAAUGCACAGUUUGUUCUAGUUUCCAGAAAAUUCAUGUGAAAUAUCAAGUUAAACGGAGAAUGAAUAGAUCGAGAUGGAAAAGUAUGCAUAAAUUGUAGAAUAGCGCUUGCUUUGACUGGCUAUAUUUCUGUGAGUAUGUUCAAAAAUGUAUUCACAGUAUGACAAAGACCUUAGAAGAAUAUUUGUCACAAAUUUGGAUUUGGAAAUUUGGGAUUUUUAGGUUACGCCCUUAAAAUGAACUGACUUAUGCGGUGUGGUGUACAUUUGGCCACAUAUACAGUGUCUAGCUUUGCAUAAAACGAGAAAUAGACUGUCCUUCCAGUCUUCCAGAGAUCUCUUAAUCCUUAAAUGACAUUAGACCAGCGAGGACUAAUCUAGCAAUCCCGCUCCAACAGGACAACAUAUUUUUCAUUGCCCUGUUUAUGAGCAGAGACAGCAAGAGAGGGAGAGAGAGAACAUUAAAAUAAGUUCUAGGCAGAUUACAGAGAACUGUGUAAGUGCUUCAAGAAUAGCUAGCUGGUUGCUAUUAAGUCUGUGUCACAGCCUAUUACCUGUAUUCAGAUUGAGGAUUCACUUCCACUAAAGGAGCGCAUCUAAUGUGUGUCUAUUUUAGGAUUCAUACUCUAUCUUAAGACUUUCCAUCGACACCUCAAAAGGUAAAAUAGCGUAACAACUUGGACUGAAGAUUUACCAAGGUGUAAACAUUUGUUUUCCUCUAUUUUUGUAAUACCUUCAUACAUUCUGCUACAUCUUGACAGAUAUCAGACAUUUUCAUGUUAGUCAGUGGAGGCUGCAAGCUUGACUGUCCUAUGCUUACAAUAUUAACAAUAGAGCGUCAUUUAUUAUGAGAAAUCAUGUAACAUCAUUUAAAAAUUUGCUUACUGAAAAAUGAGGCUCUCAUUUAAUCUCAUUUAACAUUUAAUUUUCAAGUAUCUUGUCAUGUCUGCAUCAUUAUAAACCUUGAUGCAUUUGACCAGAAUCAAAAUCCUGAAUAUAAAUAUGUUAGCAGAUACAUGGUAAACUGAUUAAGAUUAUAAGUGAUAGUUCACCCAAAAAUUUUAAUUCAGUCAUAACUCAUCAUUUUGUUUCAAACCCAUAUGAAUUUUGAUUAUAUAUAUAUAUAUAUAUAUAUAUAUAUAUAUAUAUAUAUAUAUAUAUAUAUAUUAUUAACAUUACUAUGCUUGAGGAUUCCUUUGAGAUGGUGUUUCAGCACCUGACGAAGUUUGUCUGAAUCUAUGCAUAGGGUUCUAUUAUUCAAAAAACACUUUGUGAACCCUCCUAUUGUGCAUAUAUGGUGCAUGCAGAUUUACAGUGCAGUAUGCUAUACCUUUUACUGCCACAGCAAUGAUUGGUUUGGCUUGGCAGACUACAGAUGUAUUUUUGCAAUAUGAAAAUUCACAGAAGUGGUGUUUUGUGUGCCGUGUUAAGAAACAGACUUGGUAUCUUGUCUGCUCACUGUCUGAAUAUUGGUCCACAUGCGAAAUGCAAACAUAAUAAACGAAACCUUACAGACAA